UCAAACCAUGGAUACUGAGCUGGAAAACAACAAUGUCGAGCUUGGAGAACCACAAGAGAGAGAGCGUCAAAGGAAACCAAGGAGUUAGUUACUUGCAGCUCAAGACUCAAGCUGCUUCUUUCUUACCGGUUUUGCAAGGAACUAGAGAUGCGACCUUGUUCACCAUCAAAAUCGUCCCAGGGAGGAGUGGAGCUUAUACAGGCGUAAGAGCAGCCCAACAGUGGCCUCACGCACCUACAGGCCCAAGGUAAGCCUUUAGAUUCGAUUUCUAAUAAGUUUCCUUUUUCUGUUUUGCAGGAUUUCCUUCUUCUAGUCUUUUGUAGUUUUUUUAGAAAGUCCCAGCGUUUGUAGUUUUGAGUCUUGAAGUGUCUACUGUUUUUAUGCUUUCCUUAUUUGUAAUUUUCCGCCUAAGAAGCCCUAAGCUGCAAAGCUAUUUAUAAAGCUCCUUCUCAGCUUGAACAGACACCUUUUGAUGAAAUAAAGACCUAGCAUUUUC